CAAUCACCUAAAGGAACAAGCAGCUAAAAAAGACAUUUAUUUACACCUUGAGAUAAAUAUAUUUUAUUUUCUUAUGUUGGAAAUUUUGCAGGGUGCUUCCAUACCUCAAUGUGCAAAUGGCACAAACCUCUUGAUAGCUUUACCAGGGCCAAUUAGUUCUGAGGAUAUGGCUAUAAUCGGAGCUGGUGCACGUCUUCAUGCUCAGGACACGUCAAACCUUCAUUAUUGUAUGAAUUCGAAGAACUAGAGGGGGAAUUGGACUUUCUUACUCGUGUUGUGGCAGUUACCUUUUAUCCAGCUAUUUCUGGGAAAGGUCCCAUGACUCUUGGUGAGGUAUGGUACUGGUCCUUAAAAGAUUGCUGAAUUGCUAUUUGUUUUGCAUGGACAUAGACUUUAUGACUCGUUUAAAGACCAUACGUUACUUGUAUUGAAGAUCGCACACUUAAACUAUCUUGGAUAGUGGUGAGAUAAUUUACUUACUUUAUCUUUUGCACCGAAAUUAAUGACUUACUGUCCUAAGCUACUUCUGCUGUUGAAUUUCAAAUCAGAAACAUGAGGCAACUCUAAUCUUUGGAGUUGGAAGUUCUCGUGCUUCUCCUAUUCAUCAAAACAUCCUUUUAUAACCUUCUACGCUUAGUAGAUCGGCUAUGACUGUCCCAUGUGUUGCAGUAAUUCGAUUAAAUUGGUCCUUGCCUGUUCAAGGAAGCUCGAAACAAACAAGCUGCACCUCUUUGAGGGUAAAGCUUGGCUUCACUCCAACAGAACAUGGACUCAUGUGCGUUCUAUUCACAAAGUGUGAAAAAAGUACUUAUUGUAGUAGCAUGAAUGCAGAUGAUGUGGGUUUUUCUUGUGGAGACUAAUUCUUGAGCUAUUAUGGAAACGUGAGAAACUAACUUCCCUGUUUAACUAGUGGAAGGGAUCUCUUUGCAUUAAGAUCUAGCUUCUGUUGAAAUGCAGAUACUUGAUGCUAUUUUGUUUGGCCCAAAGGUUUGGACCUAUGGUGUUUGAUUGUUAUCCCACAUUACUGCUAGGAAAACUCUUCAGGUUUUAGUAUGCUCUUUUCCUUUUCUCCAUUUAAUCCCUUAGACAUUAUUUCAGUUAAUUUUUUGGCGAGUCAUGUGUGUUGUUGCUUCUGCACUAAAACAGUUAAAUCAUUUUGUUACAGAUAGAGAUCUUUGGAGUUUCUCUUCCCUGGAGGAGUAUGUUUAAUAGUGAAGACCUUGGUAGAAGGAUACUUCAACUUCCUAAACAAGUGCAGAAGGAAAUCAACCCAUUUCUGUCUGAUCCUAGCACCAAUCCACUGUCUGGGUAAAAUUCACAUGAUUUAGCUGUUCCGCCAUCAAUGGAGCAAACUGCUUCUGGAAAUUGGCUUGAUCUGUUGUCCGGAGAAGAUACAACUUCAUUUUCUCAUCCUCUGGCACAAAAUCAUGGGACUGGUGGAGGUGAUUUGCUUGACUUUUUGGGUGAAGCUGCUACUGAAGAACAUGGUGAGACUGACCAUGACUUCUCGUCGCUAGUUGGAAAUGCUGUAGAUAAUGGUACAGAAAAAUACAUCAACUAUCUGAAGGUCCUUCAAGGGUCACAAAUGGUAGGGCACCUUUUUAAUUUUUUGGCACUUUUGUUUUAUUUUCGUUUCCUGCAGUCUUCUUUUGAUGCUAUGUUCAUGCGAUAAGAUGAUUCCUCGAAAUGGGUAUUGCGGGUUUCUUUGCUUUUUAGUAUAUGACUAGGUUUUUAUCAUCUCUUUUUAAGUUCAUAAAAUUUAAGUAGUAAGAAUAGCUCAAACAAUCUCCUUUUAUUUUUUCUUAUGACCUGUUGGAACACCAUAGAAAUUGGCCUCUCAAAAGGGAUGGUUGCAAUCAGGAACAAAGAGGCAAAUAUGACAGCUGAGCUAUAAACAUGGUGAAACAAGUAGAUGUGCUUGGUAGGCUUCAAUUUUUUUCCAGAAGUCCAAGGUUUCCAUUGCCAAAGGAUAAAUGAUAUGUCGAUAUGACAUCCUGGAUGACAAAAUGUAGAAUUUUCUGGGGAAACGUGGCUCGAAUGUGAAGUAGGUUUGGAGGGUCUUCCUACCAUUGUUACUGGCAAUAGAGCUAUUUGGUAUCAAAUGAUUACACGUGUUGGCUAAUAGCAGGAACAUUGUCUUGAAGUUAAACGCAGACGAUAUUUCAGGAUUAAAUGAUGAAAACUAUGAGAGCCAGGAUGAAUUUUUUGCUACAGUCUGUGAAGGAUAAAAGGAUGUAGCUCUUCAUUUUGUGAGUUCGUUGGUCAUUAUGUAAAAGCAAAAUGUAGUUACUCAAAGUUAAGAUUUUGCAUGAGACCUGAUGAAGCCUUGGUUACAGUCUCUGAAUCAUAAAACGAUGUAGCUCUUCAUUUUGUGAGUUUGUUAGUCAUUAUGUAAAAGCAAAAUGUAGUUAAGCUACUCAAAAUUAGGAUUUUGCAUGUCCUGAUAAAGCCUUGAUGUUUUUACCUAUUGCUUUUCCUUCAAUUUUCUUAAUCUUUCUCAGGACUGAAAGUUGGACUUUGUGGAAGCUAUAAAACUUGAAAUUGAACGGCUUUGACUGAGUCUUUCAGCUGCAGAAAGGGGUAGAGCUCUCUUGUCCAUUGGAAUCGAUCCUUCUUCAAUAAACCCAAAUGCUUUAAUUGAUGCAUUAUAUAUUGGGAGAAUAUGCAGAGUUGCAACCACCCUUGCAUUCCUUGCUCAAGUUUCUCAUGAAGAAAAAAUUAACGCUGCUAUCGGCCUUAGGAACAUUGAUGAUGAUGUUAUAGAUUUCUGGAAUAUCUCUGGAAUUGGGGAGUAUUGUUCUGGUGGCCAGUGUGAAGUUCGUGCUGAAAAAGGAACUUCUCGCCAUUUUUCUCCUGCAUUGUCAUCAGCAGGAAAUGAGCAAUCAAUAUUUAAGUGCUCUCAGUGUAGACGGAAGGCAUGUAAAGUGUGUUGUGCUGGAAAAGGAGCUCUUUUGCUGACGAGCUACAACUCAAUGGAUGCCAGCUACAAUGGACUUGAGAGUGGAACAAGCUAUGGGAGCCAAGCUGACAGUUCAGCUAAUCGUGUAGUGCCAGUAGAUGGCUUCAUUUGUAAACGAUGUUGCCAUGAGACUGUGCUCCAUGCUUUACUCUUGGACUAUGUAAAAGUGUUAAUUAGCUUGAGAAGGAAAAACAGGGCAGAUAAUGCAGCUUGUCAAGCUUUGGACCAGGUUAUAGGAUCUUCUUACUAGACUUACAUUUCUAGUCCAGCUACAUCCAUACACAAGCUCCUAUACGGAGAGGAAUCUCUUGCUGAAUUCCCUUUUGCUGGCUUCUUUCACUCGGUAUGAUUCAAAGUCUUGACUUCUUUAAUUGUUUGGUUACUUUAUUUCUCACUUUAGGUUAAGCCUGAUCAACAUUGAUGUUAUAAUCUCUAUGAAGAUACUCUAAUUGUUUGCACUUUCGUGUUCUGUGAAUUUAAUGAUGCCCUUGGAAGGUAACAACUAUAAUCCCUUCUUCGAAUAUGUAUAGGACAAUAACAAAUUAGUUCCACAUGGAUAUGUGCAUACUUAUUUGUUUCAUUAGAUUACAACGUGAUUCUUCUCUCCUUCAAAAUUUUUCCUGUCCAAUGAGUAACUUAAAGUCAGAAUUUUUAGAAGCUCAACUAUGACGUGUAUUUGAAUUGAAGAUUGAAACCUAGUUAUGGUUAUAUCACUGAUUUGCUGCAAUUAACUAUGGGGCGAGGAGAAUAUAAAUCGGGCUGCACUGAAUAUUACUGUUUGUUGGAAUGAAUGGAUGAGAUGUGACUGGUCCCAACCAAAAAUGCUCUAGUCUGUUGGCUGCUAGAUGUCAGCGAUAAUGGGAAUUACAAUUUAUAUAUUUUUACCUUGAUAGAGCUAUUUAAGUGUUGGAAAGAAUUAGUGAGGAUUCGGCUUCUCCGCUGGAUAAUGUGCAAGUUACCACUCCUUUGUCCUUGCUGAGAAUUUGGUUUAUUCAUGGAUUAUCAGACUAGAAAGUUGGGAGUUCGAAGCCCACUACUACCAGAGAGUGCUGCAUGUAUGAGUAGGAUUCUUAGUUAGCUGCUGUCUCUUUUUUGAAUCUUAAUCUAUGCUUACAUUCCAAAGAAUGACAAGUAAAUUCAUUAUCAUUUCCUGUAUCUGGCAAAAGAGGAUUGAAUUUUAUUAAUGCUCUAAUCUCUGUUACAUGCAGCACUGAAUUUUCUAUUAGAACUUUGUAUCGAUUUUUUUUCUAGACCUCUAUGCUCUUUGUUAGUGACUGAAAUUGUAUUAUCCAGUUACAGGUUGAAACAGCUAAAGAUUCAGCUCCAUUUAUGUCAUUACUUGCCCCGUUGAACUCUGGAUCACUUCCCUCAUAUUGGAAGGCUCCUCCAACGACCACUUCUGCUGAACUUGUUAUUGUUCUUGGAAGCCUCUCCGAUGUCAGUGGAGUUGUCUUGCUCGUCAGUCCCUGUGGCUAUUCUGCAGCUGAUACUCCCAGUGUAUGGUCACCUAAUUUAUAAUACUUUUUCCAUGCAUUUACUAUAUCAUGGUUAGAGUAGUUAAUGCAAUUGAUGUUUGAUUGGGAUAUGCAUAGUGUUUCUGAUAUGUUUUAUUCAAGCAAUGAAUUCCUUUCUUCAAUAGCCAUGGCCCCUCCUAAGUAAAACAUCUGUGUCCUGAACAAAACUUCAUAAGCUCAAGGGUAAAGUACCGAGUGGAAUAUGGGAAAGUUAAACGGGUGCUGUUAACCAAUUUCUUGUUGUUGCCAAAAUGAAGUGAAAGGGACCGUAACAAAGGUUUGCCCUAAGG